UUUAAAUUUAAAAAAUGAAAAAUGUCAUUUAUAAAACUCUGAACUGUCGCAUUUAAUAAUUUUAUUACAAAAUUAACGAAAAUGCUCAUUCGAAAUAUCAGAAUUAUUAAUCAUCGUGCUCCAUAUUUGUAUAAGUACCACACAAGUUUUAUAUCCACAGCAAAAUGUGAUAAAAAUUCUCAAGAAAUUUUCACAGCAAAAACACGGCCGACAGAUGCCAAAGAAAAGGUACCUCCUAAGGAAAGUACUAUAAUUGCAAACCCGUAUUUAGCACACAAGCCUCAAAAAUUAAGUGUAAGUACUGAUACCAUAUCUUUUGACGAAAUUCCUGGUCCAAUUAGCCUAAGACUCAUAUCAAAAUUUUGGAGCCUGAUUCCGAUUAUGGGAACCGAACUAACAGUAACAGUAGUACAGUAUUUGUUAAGUGGAGGGAAAUUUUUCCGAGGAAUACUUAGUUGGGGUGGAAACGCUCCAUUUUUUAAGAAAUUUUUUGACGUUUAUGGUCCAGUUGUCAGACUACAUGGAGCAUUUGGUAGUGACGUAGUAUUAUUGAGCAGACCAGAGCACGCCAGUGCUGUUUUCCAUACAGAAGGUCCAUAUCCAAUCAGGUCUUGUUUAGAUUCAGUAGAGCAGUAUCGAUUGCAGUGCAAAAAUUACAAGCAGGCUGGUCCAUUCCUUACUCAUGGUCCAGAAUGGGAAAAAUUAAGAAAAUCUGUAGAAGUACCUUUACAAUCGAUAGUCAGUGAACAACAAGCAAGCAUAGAUAAAACUAAUACUGAUUUUUUACAUAGAAUAAUCUCAAUUAGAAACAAACAGGAAGAAAUGCCUGCAAACUUUCAAACCGAAAUAUAUAAAUGGACUUUAGAAUGUCUUUGCUCUGUUACUUUAAAUAGAAAAUUAGGGUUUCUUAUUCCAUAUGGUAUUGCUCCAGCUUCUGACCCAGGCAGGCUUCUGGAUGGAAUAUUUGGGGCUACAACCGCCAUAAAGAAAUUAGAGUAUGGUUUCCAUUUCUGGAAAUUUGUAGAAACGCCAUCAUGGAAGAGCCUUGUUAAAAACUGCGACAUGAUUGACAGUGUCCUUUCAAAAUACAUCGAAGCAGCUAAGGAGAGUCUAAAAGAAAAGAAAUUAAAAGAUCAAAGCUUGGAAAAGCCGAGUUUUAUUGAACAUCUCCUGUUAAAAGAAAAUAUAAUUGGUGAGGAUGUAAUGACUGUACUGCUAGAUAUGUUCCUGAUUGGAGCCAACGCGACUGUUCAUACUGUGGCCUUCUUCUUCUAUCAUCUAGCCAGAAAUCCUAGAUGCCAGAUUAAACUCAACCAAGAAAUAAAGGAUGAUACAGGGCCGGUAUCUGUCGAAAAACUGAAGAAAAUGAAAUACCUCCAAGCCUGUUUGAAAGAAACUCUACGUUUAGAACCCCCAAUUCCAAUCAUCAGCCGUGUCCUCAGCAACGAUGUAGUUUGCCACCACUACCGCAUCCCAAAAGGAACCCACAUUCUCUAUGGAACCCAUAUGAAUAACAUGCGUGAGGAAUAUUUUGAAGAUGCUACUAAGUUCAAACCAGAAAGAUGGUUUGAAGAUGAAAAAGGUGGAUUUGGUAACGAGUAUCAAACUUUUGCUUCAAUGCCUUUUGGUUACGGACCUAGGAAUUGCUUAGCCAAAGAAAUGGCCGAGAAUCAGGUUGCUUCGUUGAUGUUAAAGGUUUGCCAGAUGUUUAGGAUUGAGUAUAACUACGGCGAUAUCAAGAGCUCAAACGAGUUGAUGGCAGCUCCAACCAAACCUCUUAAGUUUAGACUUAUAAACCGUGUUUAGAUUUUUAUUAUUCGUUCGUUUAUUCUUUGGAAAACUUUUGUGUGUUCAGACAUUAAUAAUUAUUAGAAAGUUUUUUUGUAAAAUAUUGAUGUAUUCGAGGAUUUAUCAUGUAAUACCUUUGCAAAUUUAAUAAAAAAUGUUAUUAAAAGAA